ACACGUACGUCCUUUCUGACCGUGACCGAAACAAUUGCACCCUUUUUGUUCCCUCCCUUAAAAUAACGGCAAAACUGCUUCUUUCCAUACAUGUAAUUCAUAUUCAGACAUUUAACGUGGUCACCAGUGGUUUAAAUCCGCUGUCUUAAGAAGGAUUGCGCCGCUCGUUUAUUGUGACGCAACAUCAUGAAAUGAUGAACCUUCUCAUUAUUCAGUGCAUGUAGUAAAAUUCCAUCUUAAGUCAUAGUGAAAAUGAGUCACAGACUGUUUGAAGAGAGACAUCAUGCCUCCCUCUAUCAAAAAUAUCGCUUUGAUCCACCUGAUGAGCUGAAGGAGAUCAUUCUUCAAUAUCUGGACAAAAAGCAUGCUUCACAGAAAGGCCAGCCACAUCAGCUAGCUGUAGAUUUGGGCUGUGGAACGGGACAGAACUCUCGUCUGCUGGCGCCACACUUCCAGGAGGUGGUGGGCAUCGACGUCAGUGAGUCUCAGCUGGAGGAGGCGAGAGCAGUGCCAGGGUUCCCUAAUCUCAGCUACAGAGUGGGCACAGCAGAGGAACUGCCUUUCCCGAAUGGCUCAGUGGACCUGUUGACAGCUGCGUCUGCAGCUCAUUGGUUUGACCCUGAGCGUUUCCUAAAGGAGGCUGUACGUGUCCUGAAGCCACAGGGCUGCUUGGCUCUCUUUGGCUAUGGAGACAACUUCAAAUUACACCAUGAAUCCUGUGGUGAUCAACUUAAUUACAUAUAUGAGGAUGUCAGGCAGGUACUGCGGCCCUACACAAGCUCUAUGGUAACUGUGGCCAACAUUAAACUACAGGAUUUAUUUGAAGCCAUACCCUUCCCAGACAAAGAGAGGAUUGAACUAAUACCAGUCAAGCAGCAGCUGACCAUCAAGAACAUAAUUGGGUUUUAUGAGACAUUCUCCAUGUACCAAGCCUAUCUGAGAGCAGAGCCCAGUGCUGCAACUGCUUUAUUAGAGAGAACAACAUCACGUUUUCUAGAGGAGAUGAAUGUGUCAUCAACAGAAGCUAAGCUUGAGUUAAUAUUUGAGUACUUCUGUGUGCUGGCAUGUAAACCUCAGUGACACAUGACUCGAGUCACCAGACCCACCUUUGAUCAGGCCUCCUGUACUGUAAUUUCAGAUUUGAUAGCUUUUACAAGCUCUCCAGCUAAUGUUUUUAUUCCUAUAUGUUUAGGUUACUUUGUUAAUCAAGUUGUUAGCAAAUCUGUUGGAUCUUUCGAUUAAUGUAUAAUUAUUAUUUUUUUUUAAUAAUUUGACUUGAAAGAUUCUGAAAAUACAAAUCAAUGUAUUGACAUUGCUUCUGGGUUUUUUUUUUAAUUGUUCCCUCAUAAACAUGCAUAUAUUUAUCUAAUGUUGUUUUGAAAUGGAAAUAAAUCAAUGCCAUUAUAUUUUGUGCACUUUCCCCCCAAAUGAACAAUAAACUUUUCUUUGGAU